AUGAUCCUCUUAUCAUCGUGUUAUAAGCUGUUAGCUUCAUGAUUACCGCUCACGCACACCCUUGCAUGAUGUUUUUGGUUCCAUUUUCACACACACACCCACACCCGUCAGUCAAAGUGGCACGUUGUGACGGCGACGAUGAUUACGGUCCCCGUAUUGAACGAGGCCGCUGUCAGGGCGUUAACGAGCGGAGGCCGGAGCCCCCUCGGCAGUCUGACGGCGACGCAGAUGUCGAAGGAAAAAGAAGACAAAGAAAAGAAAAGACACUCACGAGUUCGUCUUUCAAACGAGGACACGCGGCUCGUCUCUUUGCAUGCGGAAAUGGUCCGUCGCGUUCCGUGGACGAUGAGCGGGCGCGGCGCCCCCCCCCGGCCUCGGCCCGACCCCGGCGAGGAGCUGACCGACGAGGAAAAGCGGAUCAUCGACGACGUGCUGGCCCGCGCCGCCAGGAUGGACGCCGUGGAGCAGCAGCGCAUACAUCUCCUGUCCAGCCGGCUGGAGGACGCCCGGAGGACGGCGUGCGGGGACGGACGCUCGGCUUGUCUGCUUUGCGGCGCCACCUUCGGGCCGGGCGGUGUCACCGCCGCCCUUUGUGUCGGCUGCAGGAAGCAGGUGUGCCGCGAUUGCGUCGUCCACAGCGGCUCGACGCCGUGGCGCUUGUGCGCCGUCUGCAAAGAACAUCGAGAAGUGCAGAAGCGUUCCGGAGCCUGGUUCUUUCGGGGCCGAGACCCCCGCGUCCUCCCCGGCCCGCUCCCGCUAUCCCGCCCGCCGCCCGCCAACCCGGACGACCCCGAGGUAAUUGCAGAAGCAGAGCGGCACCGUGAGCAGAGGACAGCGGCCGACACCUGCGCUCGGGACCAAAACAAAGUCCCGACUGCAAGCGGCGGCCAAAUCCAGCACGGAACGCACGCGGCCGCAAAUCCCGCCGCCGUCGAGCCGCCUCCGCCGCAGGAGGACGAAGACGCCGAAGACUCGGAUGACGCAACCACGCGGGGGUGUCUGGAGUUCAGUCUGCUCUACGAGCAAGAACGCCACCAACUGCAAUGCUGCGUCAUCAAGGCCAAGGGCUUAAAGCCGAUGGACUCCAACGGCCUGUCGGACCCUUACGUCAAGCUGCACCUGCUGCCGGGCGCCAGUAAGUCCAACAAGCUUCGCACCAAGACGCUGAAGAACACUCUGAACCCGACGUGGAACGAGACUCUCGUCUAUCACGGCAUCACCGAUGAAGAAAUGUCCCGGAAGACCUUACGGCUGUCGGUGAGCGACGAGGACAAGUUCGGACACAACGACUUCAUCGGGGAGACGCGAGUGGCGCUGAAGAGGCUCAAGUUCAACCAGAAGAAGAAAUUCAACGUGUGCUUGGAGAGAGUUAUCCCGGUGAAAAAAGUCGUUGGAGGUCAAUCUCGAGGAAUGGCGCUCUAUGAGGAUGACGUGGACGAGGGCGAGGACCGCGAGGAGCGAGGUCGCAUCCUGGUUUCCCUGCGCUACGACAGCCAACGGGGUCGUCUGAUCGUAGGCGUGGUCCGCUGCGCCCACCUGGCCGCCAUGGACGCCAACGGAUACUCGGACCCUUUUGUCAAAGUGUGUCUGAAGCCUGACAUGGGGAAGAAAGGCAAGAACAAGACGCAGACCAAGAAGAAGACUCUCAAUCCAGAGUUCCAGGAGGAGUUCAGUUAUGAGAUCAAGCACGGCGAGCUGGCCAAGAAGACUCUGGACAUUUCCGUGUGGGACUACGACAUGGGCAAGUCCAACGACUUCAUCGGCGGCUGCCAGCUGGGCAUCGGGGCUCAAGGCGAGUGCCUGAAGCACUGGUACGAGUGUCUGAAGAACAAAGACGAGAAGAUCGAACGCUGGCAUCUGCUGCUCAACGACAACAGCGGCGGACGCUUUGACGACUAAAAAAAAAAAGGCCUUUUGCUGCCCCUGCCCCUCCUCCUCCUCCUCGCUACUUCCCGGCCGUCGCCAUUUUAUGUUUACCUCCUCCAGGGAACGGGCUCCGCCUCACGCGAACGUUUCCAUCAAUUGGUCCUUGUUGUUUUGGAUGCAUGUUGUCUCGCGGUCAAUAAACAAUCGCGCACCUGAA